ACAGGUAAAAGCUUUCCGGGAGGAACGGUAACAUGGAAGCUUGGUGAUACAUCUGUAGACGGAGCUAAUACUUCAUAUGUUAGUGAAGUUGAUGGAACGAUAACGACGUACAGCAAGCUGACGCGUACGUUUACCGCUGAUGAUCACGACAAAAUACUUACCUGUCAUGUUGACAUCCACGAAUCAUUCCAGUCACUGUCAGUCGAUGUUCGGCUUAAUGUUAUUUACAUUGGAGAAGUCAGAGUAAGCGGCGAUAGUCAGGCAGGCGUUAUGAGUAUCAAAUACGGCAGUGCGCUGUGGCUGCUCUGUAACGCAGACGAAACCCCCGAGCCAGGUUAUUCAUGGCUUUACAACGAAACUGUUAUCCCAGCAAAAGCCAACAGAACGUACGAGAGAGACUCUGUCACCCCUGUCGAUGCGGGCGACUACGCAUGCGCAGUCUGCAAUCUUGCAGGAAAGGUAUUCUCAACUAAUACAAUGUCUGUGGUCGUUGUCCCUCCACCACAAACAUCAAACAUUGGACUUAUUGUCGGACUGGUCAUUGGUGGCUUAUUAUUGGUAAUCCUACUCAUCGUCGUCGUUUUAAUCCACCUGAAAAAGAGAUUAACAUUAGAGACAAAUACUCUGUUAAAAGGCGGCGCACAAGUAACGUACGAAAACGAGGACCACAUCAUGGACCAAGAGCCACCAGGUGGUCAUAAGCCGGUGUUCUCCACCCAACCAAACAGCAAACACCAUACAGUAGAGGAGUAUGACUUCGGUAUCGAGGAUAUCUCGAUCACAUAUGCAAGUCGUCACAAACAAGGGAAUCCGCAACCAAGUGAAAGAACGAGCCAACGAGCCUGGUCCGACGAACCACAAAAUAACGACGAGGGCGGUUGUCAUGGCUCUACUGGUAAACCCAACCCUAUUCUACCCCCACUGCAUGCUCUUUCCACAAUGAUUUAUUACACGUUAGUUCUUACAGGGGUUUCAACCGUGCGCUGAGCACAACGAGUCCUCCACAAACUG